AUGCUCGUGAAUAUACCAGUUCCAACAUGUGAACAGGACUUAACCAAGCGGAGAGCGUUCAAACUACUGCUUCUGAUGAAGAAGAGAUGGCGGAAUAUACACAUGCCAGUUAUUAAGACGGGGGUGGCAUGUACACUGUUCCUUGAUAUGGACAACUACACUUUAAGAAGACACAUACGCUUGAACAGGGAACAGCUCGAUACAUUCAUCCGCUUCUUAACAGAAUUUGGCCAUGAUGACCCACCUGUUAGAUUUGGAGGGCCUCCACAGAUUUCACUAGAACUAAAAGCUUUGAUGUUCCUUUGGUACAUGAGCAAUGUCAAUUCAUUUAGGGAAAUGUCUGACAAAUUUAACGUUGGCCAAGGCAGCGCACAUCAAAUAAUUACGAAAAUAUUAAUGUCCAUCCAUCACCUUUCACACAGAUAUAUCAAGUGGCCAGACGAACAUGAAAAGAUACACAAUACCAGACAAUUCUUUCGUACGUCAGGUCAGGAAAACAUCAUUGGAGCUGUCGAUGGUUGUCAUUUUGCAAUUAUUCGUCCAGCCAAAUCUGGUAUCUCUUAUUUGAACAGAAAAGGAUAUUACUCCGUACUACUACAGGGAGUUUGCGAUUGGAAAGGAAAAUCUGUUAGUGUUUUUAUUGGACCUCCAGGACGGGUCCAUGAUGCACGAAUGUUAAGAAAGUCAGAUUUGUAUGCUGAAAAAGGUGUCUUGUUGGGAAACCAGUGGAAACUGUUAGGCGACUCGGCCUAUGUCAGUAAUGAUUUCCCAUUCAUCAUUACCCCAAAACGUGACAAUGGCAAUCUCACUGCUGCGGAUAUUCAACAAAAUACCAACAUAUCUAAAGGACGUGUGAUAAUAGAAAAUGCUUUUGGGAUGAUGAAAUGCAGAUUCCGCAGAGUUCGUGACAUUCAGAACACUAACCUAGAGUUGGUAGUACGCAUCAUACUGGCAGCCUGUACUCUACACAGUAUGUUGAUUGAGGAUGGAUACGUUUGUCCAGAUCAUCCAGAUGGCUGUCUGCGAGAUGAUGCUGAUGAUAAUGAUGAUGCACAGUGA